UGUCAAUGACACCCGAAUCGUGGAAUUAUGUUAUUGUUUAAACCGCCUCACGUUGGGCGACAACCAACAUUUGACUCUCCGCUACGCUUGUUUUGAACGUGCUUACCGGAAGUAGAUGUGCUUCGUUUCCUGCUGUGUUUUCCGCUCGAGACACUUUUUGGUCGUUUGGACUUUUCGCAGUUUCAGCAACGAGGCAAACGUCAGCAAAUGCAGGAUGACGGAAGCACAGUUGAUCAACGGCUACGACGACGAGUUCCAGUUCAACUUGACGCCGUACGAGUACGCCCCCCCUGCGGACGUGAAGACUGAAGUGUACCCGCCCGAGACAGCGCACGGCCCUUACAUCCAAAUCAUCGAGGAACCCAAACAGCGCGGCUUUCGCUUUCGUUACGAAUGCGAGGGCCCGUCGCACGGCGGUCUGCCGGGAGCCUCCAGUGAGAAAAACCGAAGGACGUACCCCACUGUCAAGAUCAACAACUACGUGGGGCACGCCCGGGUGGAGGUUCAGCUGGUGACCCACACGGACCCGCCGCGCGUGCACGCUCACAGUUUGGUGGGGCGCCACUGCAACGAGAACGGGACGUGCACCCUGGACGUGGGCCCCGACGACCUGACCGCCUCCGCUCGGUGUAGUUUCAGCAACCUGGGCAUCCUCCACGUGACCAAGAAGGGCGUGACAGAAGUCCUGACGCGGCGGCUGCGAGACGAGUGGCGUCGGCGCCGGGGGGGCUCCGCCCGGCCGACGGCGGCCGAGGAGAGCGCGCUGGCCAAGGACGCCAAGGAGCUGUCCAAGAUGGUGGACCUCAACAUCGUCAGGCUCAGGUUCACGGCCUUCCUCGAGGACAGCAACGGAGGAUUCACGCGAGCGCUCAGGGCCGUGGUGUCCGACGCCAUUUACGACAGCAAAUCUCCUAACGCUUCCAACCUGAAAAUCUCCCGCAUGGACAAGACUUGCGGGUCGGUGCUGGGAGGAGACGAGAUCUUCCUGCUCUGCGACAAAGUCCAAAAAGACGACAUCGACGUGCGCUUCUACGAGGACGAGGACGGCGGCUGGGAGGCGUUCGGAGACUUCGCGCCGACGGACGUCCACAAGCAGUACGCCAUCGUGUUCAAGACGCCGCCGUACCGCAGCGCCGAGAUCGAGCGUCCCGUCACCGUCUUCCUGCAGCUCAAGCGGAAAAAGGCGGGAGACUGCAGCGACCCCAAACACUUCACGUACAUUCCGCACAUUCAAGACAAAGAGGAGGUGCUGAGGAAGAAACAAAAGCCCCUCCCCCACUACGAGCCCUGGCGAGGGGGAGGAGCCAACGGCGGCGGCUUUGGAGGGGGAGGAGCUCCGGCCGACGGUUUUCACUUCAACCAGCAAAUGAACGGCGCGGCGGGGGGAGGAGGAGGGGGCGGAGUCUUCUAUCCGGGAAGCGGCGGUGGCUUCGGACUCCACAUGUCGGGCUCCGCCCUCCAGCGCGAGCUAGUGGCCGUUAUAGCCGGCGCCCGUCAGCCGCGCGGCGACGCUCGGGUCCUUCUGGAGCUGCACAGACGCCUCCGCGCCUCGCGGAACGCCAGCGGAGACACUCCUCUGCACUUGUCCGUCAUCCAUCGGCAGACGACCGUCACCCGCCGGCUGAUCGACGCGUUGCUGAGCGACCGGCGGGAAGACCUGCUCGACGCCGCCAACCGUCGGCAGCAGACGGCGCUGCACCUGGCGGCGCUGACGCGCCAGGCGUCGGCGGUGGAGGCGCUAAUGAGGGCGGGGGCGGACCCCGGCCUGCGGGACGAAGACGGACGCUGCCCGCUGCACCUGGCGGCGCUGGGCGGGGACGCGGCCACCCUGCGCGCCGCGCUGGCCCACCUGGGGGAGGGACACGCCCGCGUCUUGAACACGGCCGACUACCACGGUUUGGCCCCGCUUCACCUGGCGGUCCGCCGCGACGGCCAUCGCUGUCUGCGCCUGCUGGUGGAGAGCGGCGCCAAGGUCAACGCCCGCGAGCUGAAGGCCGGACACACGGCUCUGCACAUGGCCGUCCGCCGAAACCUCCUCAAGGUCGCCUGCACGCUGGUCACCGAGUUGAAGGCGGACGUGAACGCUCGCACGUUCGGAGGAAACACGCCGCUUCAUCUGGCCGCCGCCGCACACGCGCACACGCUUUGCUCCGUGCUGCUUGCAGCCGGUGCGGAUAAAUACUUGGAAAACGACGAGCCGCUGGUCUUGAGCUCCUCCUCCUCCUCCGACGACGACGAAGAGCGCGAGGAGAAGGAGGCGGGGACUACGUCGCGCUCCCAGCCGGUCAGCAGCCGAAAGAGACGAGUGGGCGGGCACACGCCGCUGGACCUGGCCAAAUGUCACAAGGUAGCCGCCCGACCGCCUUCAACAAGGUCCAAAUUGCGUCCGCCGUCUUGGAAGCAAAGCCGCCUUUGCGUCAUGCGACAGGUCAGGAAACUGCUGGCGUCGCCGACCGCUCGUGACGAGAUUCAAGGCAAACGAGGUGCGUGCCAAGCGUUGUCUCAUCGCUACGUCGACGCGUCACGUGCGAGCGGGAUGAUGCCGGUUUCGACCGAAGGAGGUCGGGGGUGGCGGCGUUGUUGUUAUUGGGCGGCGUCGCGUCACGUUUCCCGCGUCCUCCCCGUCCGAGUCCAUGACGCGUUUGGACUUUUUGCGGCAGACGGCGAUCCGCGUUGGCGCGCGGACGAGGACACGCUCCGCCGCCUGGUGGAGGUCGUCCGCGAGGCCGGCGUCCCGUGGGAUAAGAUGGCCGCCAAACUGGGAAUGACCACGCUGGCGAGCUUGUACCGCGACAGCCCCGCCCCUUAUUACAGCCUCCUGCAACACUACCAGCUGUGCGGCGGUCCCGCCGAAGACGUGCUGGAGGCGCUGGCGUCGCUGGGCGUCGACGACGGCGUGCGCCUACUGCGCCGUCGCCGUCCCGACGACGCGCUCGCGCCGCAAGACAAACUCGGACAAGGUGAACGACAUGUCCGGAAACGCACGCGCUACGUGACGGCUGUUGGCGAGGCUACGGAAUGCGCUUGGUCGUUAGCUUAUCUGGAAUCUGACGGAUGGCCGCGAUCCGGAAGGAGGCGAGGGACUCUAAAGUCCGUUUCAGAAAAACAUCCCCCAAAAAAAGCUCAAAAGAUGACAAAAGGGAGACGAUGCACAGAAAGAAAACCAAAAAUGUUUGUCGGCAUUUCCUCAUAA